AUGUUUUCUAUCAAGCCGACGAAACUUAUUCGGCCUCCUCCGGGGACCGAUCCGCUUCAGGUCCGGGUGGGGAAUCCAAAGUAUCUCUAUACCCUUACAGCUUUUGUGUCUUUGGGCGCUUUUCUUUUUGGGUAUGAUCAGGGUGUUAUGGGUGUUAUUGUGGCUGAUCAGAGAUGGAUUGAUUUGAUGCAUCCGAAAAAUUCUUGGGUGACGGGUAUGGUUGUUUCACUGUAUGACGUUGGGUGUUUUAUUGGUGCGAUGUCACUGGGCUGGCUUGCGGAUCCAUUUGGGCGUGAAAGAACACUGGCUAUUGCUUGUUUUGUUUUCAUUAUCGGUGCGAUACUUCAGGCGGCUUCGUACACGAUUACACAGAUUACUAUCGGGCGUGUUAUUCUAGGAUACGGUGUCGGUGCAUGUGCUGGUGGUGUUCCUCUCUACGUGGCUGAGCUUUCGCCGCCGGCUAUUCGUGGUCGAAUCGUUGCUAUCGAACAAAUGAUUCUGUGCCUGGGAGAAUUGGUUGCCUUCUGGUUGAAUUACGGAUUCAACUUCUUGGAAAUGAACGAUUGGUGGCGUAUUCCGCUCGCUAUUCAGAUCUUACCUGCUAUGGUUCUUGCCUUCGGGUGUUGGUUUUGGCUUCCUCCUAGUCCGAGAUGGUUAGCCAGCCAGGAUCGACAUGAAUGUGCUCGUGAAGUUCUCACGAGGCUUCAUGGGUCUGAGGCAGCUAAUUUGGAAAUGUUGGAAAUCCAGGGCUCAAUCGAGUUCGAACAUACUGUUAGCGAAGCUUCUUGGAAGGAUAUGUUCAAGGCGCCGGUGUUACGUGUGACGCUUUUAGGAAUGGGCGUGCAGUUUCUUCAGCAGGUUACCGGCACGAACUCCAUUCUUUACUACACGCCAUCUCUAUUUGAGCGAGGAGGGAUUUCGAACCCACGUACAGCCAACCUUGCCACGGGUGGUGUGGGUAUCGUGCUUUUUGUCUCUUCCUGGAUUCCUAUCUUCUAUUUCGAUAGACUGGGCCGAAAAACCUGGUUGCAGAUAGGAACAAUCGGUAUGAUGGCUGCUAUGAUUGGUAUUACUGUACUGCAGUGGCAUGCCGAGCAUAACCCCGGCGACAAAGCGAACUAUACCAUCAUCAUGUUCCCAUAUCUGUUCUAUGUGUUUUUCAACAUCAGCUGGGGCGUUGGAUCAUGGACAUAUGCGGCUGAGAUAUUCCCCAUCUCAAUGCGAGCAAAGGGAAAUGCCAUCACCACUGCGUCGCUGUGGGCGGGUACCUAUAUUGUUGCCCAGGCAAGCCCGCCUAUUAGUGAUGCGAUUGGUUGGGGCUUGUAUAUCAUAUACUCAGGGAUUUGCCUGGUUGCAUUUUUCUUUGUGAGAUACUGUCUGGUGGAGACACGGGGACGAACACUUGAAGAGAUGUCGAGGCUGUUCGGCAUUGAAAGUAGGCUUGCGGAGAGAAGCGGUGUUAAACCCACUCCACAAAAUAAAGCCGCAGCGGAGGAACAUGUCGAGGAUGUAGGUAUUUCGUCUCGAGAUUAA